AUGGAUCAAGACGCAUUCCGGCAGCUCGUUUCGAGCGCGUCGUCGUCGUCGGGCUCGACAUUGCAGCGCUCGUUCGGCAAGACCGCCAAGCGUGCCGCGCCUUCUUCGAGCACCAAGCCGGCGGACCUGUCCAAGCCCAAGCCUCCUCGCUCGGGUUCUGCCUAUGUAGACCGCGCGGCUGCGCGGCGCUCCGGCACGCUUGCCCGCGAGUUCUCCGACGUCGAAGCGCUGCAGCGCGACUUUGAGGCGCGCAUCGCCGCAGCAAUGAGCGGAGAGGAACGGAAAGUGCUACGCGACCAGCUCAGCAGCGUCGGUGGCGAUGCGCGCUACUCGGUGCUCGUCAAGGGCCUCGACUAUGCACUCCUCGCACAGAACAAGGCGAAGCUCGACCAAGAUGCCGACGCAAAUGGCCAGGACGCCGAUCUCGAACAAGCCUUUCACGCCGAAAAGCCCAAGCGCAGCAGAGACGAGAUCAUGAAUGCCAUCAAGAAGAGGCGCGCAGGGGCGACGGGCGACGACAAGAACGCGGCCGGCGCAGGGAUGAGCAGCGGGUUCCGCCCGAUCGGCAAAGCCAGCGAGGACGAGGCGGUGGCAGAGUACAGAUGGAAGAACGGCAAACGCAUGCGCAAGAAGGUGCGGCCCGCGACACAGCCCGCCUCGAUUCCGGACCAGAUUGCGACUUCAGAACCAAAACCCAGUGUCGCGCCGAAAGCAGCACCGGCAGCCGCAGCGUCGCCACCGCGCGAAGAAGCGCUGGGUCUACCACAGCGAGCAGCAGCAGCAACACCUCCACAGCGAUCAUCGCCUAGUCCGCCUGCAGCCUCAGCCGAAGAGAACUGCCGUACAUCCGAGAAGGUGCAUGAGGAAUCGAGCGACGACGACGGUGACGACGACAUCUUUGCCGACGUGGGCGGAUGGACGGGUAUCGUCGAUGUCGACGAAACGCCCGAUCCGGUGCAAAGUGAAGAGCCUGCGCUCAACGACACUGUCCCAUUGGAGGCGACGGAGUUGAAGCCUUUCGAACCCGCCGAGACUACUGCGAAGGCGUCUGCUGCAGAAACGCCACUCGCCGCGCGGGGAUCUUCACCCGCUGCAGCCGCGGAUCCACAGUCACAGCCGCAACCGAAGCCACUGCCUCUUGCAUCACCGCAGCACGAGGCGGAGCCGAAGCAGGAGCAGAGCCCGAAACAGGCGGAGCCGCAGCCGGACGCGCCACCACCCUCGACAGCACGUCCACGCUCCAAGUGGGAUGCGCUCGACGACGCACCGCGCAAAAAGAAGCGCAAGUCCAAAGCUUAG